GCUGCUUCCUGUAGGAAUGAGGAUUGAAGACAAAGCUGGGUGGGGACUCAGGCUUGAGCUUCAGGGGCUGCUAUACAGACAGACACUCGACGCCUCUCGGGGAAGCUGCUCUCUAACCAAGCCUCCGGAGCCAAGCAAGUCAGAUCUGCCAGGGAGCGUGAGGCCUUGAACACUGACCAGAGUGUCUGAAGACCCCAUCCAACGCUCCAAUGGCCAGCAACAACACCGCCAGCAUAGCACAAGCCAGGAAGCUGGUAGAACAGCUGAAGAUGGAAGCCAACAUCGACAGGAUAAAGGUGUCCAAGGCAGCUGCUGACUUGAUGGCCUACUGUGAGGCACAUGCCAAGGAAGACCCUCUGCUGACCCCAGUCCCGGCCUCAGAAAACCCCUUUCGGGAGAAGAAGUUCUUCUGCGCCAUCCUUUAAGUCUCUGAGAGGAGGCUGAAGAGUGUCGGGGCUCCUGGGACAUACAUGUAGAGUUCCUACCAAAGUGGGCGCCUUUCUCGUUCACAGCAUUUAAAGAGAGGAAGGAGAACCAUCCUGGUCACUCCGGGCUGUGCAUGUUUAAAGAACUGUCCCCUUAUGAGAAUGAAAGCUGAUUCUGUGUCCCAACUUUAGAGAUCUGACCCUGCAGACCGGCCUGGAGGAAGGAAAUGUAUAAAAAAUGAGAAUGGUAAUCACUUCUUUUCUGCUGUCCCUCUAAGACAUUUCUGCUUCAUAUUUAUAAACAAAAUAAACAUUAAAGCCGGUGUCCUGAGCUAAGAUAUGGCUGACAUUCUGGGAAUGAGAAUUGUCUUUCAAAUACCCUCUGAUAAGCUGUCGCCCCAUGUAGCCACAGUCCAGUUUAAUGGUUUCCACGUUUAGUCUUUUGUGCCUUUUUCUUUUCCUUCCCUUUCUUCUCUUUUAGAGGGCUGAGGGGAUAAGACUGGGUUUGUAUGUUAGACUCAACUCCAAGCAGGAAUGAACCCUGAGAUGUUUAGAAAAGUGUUCCCCAUGGGAUUUCUUCAUGAGACUAACAAUAAGAAAAUAGAAAGAAAUACAUACACGUACACACACAUACACACAUGCAUCCACACAUGCACACCACACAAUGCCGGCUCUCUGUGUUCUCUUACCACUAUUCUUAAUAUUUGUAUAUGACAGUUUUGAUUCUGCGAGUUAAAGUGAACCACGUGUUGUGACUGGUGCUUCCAUAUCUCUGUGAUAGUUUGUGAGUAAUAUUGCAUGAACAUGUCCCUACAUCGCAUCCAUUCAGAAGUUUCGUUGUUCAGCUGUAAAGCUAAGAAGAGAAGUGAGAGAAAAAGAGGCCAGAGAGGAAAAAAAAAACUUCUGUAUUUUGAAAAUUGGGAUCACUUCAGCGCCUUAGCCAUGCCUGAAAUACCUCCUAGUGAACUGUGGUAGAAGUACCUCUUGAAAGGUUUCCCCGGUCCGCAGCAUUUGGACUUUCCCAGGAUCCAGGGCAGCACAGUCCCCCGCCCCACGGCCCCCGCCCACCCCCCCACCCCCCACUGGAGACCAGGCAGGGAUCCACGAUGACUUGGAAAGGCACUGUCAGAAUAGCAUCUCAUUCCCACAUCCCAGGAACGGUCGAAAGCAUAUGCAAAAGAAAAGUUCCAUGUUCAUAGCUGGACAACCAUGGCCCUCUUUAGCUUAAGCAUCAGAAGAAAUAAAGCCACAGCUCCAAGGGAGGUAGCCAGCCUCAGAAUGCUCGUUUGAGAGACAAAGUCCCUGAAUUGUGCUCCGACCAACACUCGCAGUUAGCUCUCCUUCCAGCUCAUUCCCCCAAAAUUUCAAAGCAUUCCCUGCUUUGCUCUCCACCCCGUUUUUCAGAGCCUCACCACUCUAUUUACAGCUUCCUUUGGCUAGAGCUCUCCUCCCACAGUAAGACAUUGAGAGUGAGUUUUUUUCAUGACAGUUGUCUCCUCCAUCAGUAACAGAAGGCCUUGGCUGCCUUCAGAUAUUUUGUCAUCUUCCCAGUCGAAGAGAGCCUCUUACGCUUCUUUUUGUUUUCAGAUCCUAAAAGACCACUAAAUCCAAGUAAAAUUUCUUUUCUCCUCUUACCAUUCUCUUCCUCAUGGUUUAAAAGUUGGUGGUACUUUUAAAGGCAAGAGAAGGUAAAAAGACUUCCUAUGGCAAGGACACAUUUUACAAAUAGAUGGUAAGAUAUUUCUCUUAGCUCUUUUAUGAGCUUUCAGCUAAAGGAGUUAACUAUGUCCAAUUAAAGUUUAGACCUGGGGUGGGAGAGAAGAGGGUACCGGAAGGAUUAUUAAUGUACAAAUGCAAUUCUGUAGCCAAAAACUUCUGUUCCGGCAGAAACUUCUGUUCUCAGGAGUUUGUUAUAGUUUGUGGGAUGCUCAUGGAGAUUUAAUGGUAGAAACAAUAACAGAACAGAACAGUACAAAACAAAACAGACAAAAAGAACCACUGUCAGUCUUUACAGAACUGCACUGUAAUUCAAUUAUCAAUACUGAGGAAUCAGCUGAAAGUAUCACACAUUCAAAGUGAGCUGACAUGAAUCUGUGUUCACAUGUCAACAGCUGUAAACCGGGGCACUCUGUGCUGGUUGGGGGUGGGGGUGGGGUACACGAGGAGGAUUCCGGACUUCUGUGCAAAUUGAGAUCUCUGAAGCAAUUCCAGUGGAAACCCAAUCUUUAGGGUGCCCCUUAUACAGGCCUAACAAUUAAAAAUUCAGAAUUUGCAAAUGACUUGUGAGCAUGUUUAUAGAAUAAAAAGGCAGGAAACUCUAUCCUCUUCCACAUAGAAGUUUCAGGAAAACAUCUUUUUUACAAUUUCAUCUCCUUCAGUAUGGAGCUAUAGCUGGAAUCAGUUUUGACUUCUUGAUGUUUGUAUUUAUUAAAGGAAAAGGGUUUGUUUACUUGGAUCUCCAAAGAGCUUAAUUCUUUUCACCGUGAACCCUCACUGUCACCAGCAUAAUUUUACCUUAGGGUAACUGAUAGGGACUUCAGUUUAACUGUUUAAGGCCCUCAUUUCUAUGUACCUAGAUAACCAUUACAAUCUGCCAUGGAAUUAAUAAUUAAUGUCAUACUUAUAAUGCAGUGUCUAUUAAAAUACCCAAACCAUUUUUAAUAAUCAACUCCAAUUUUAAAUGUUUUUACAUUUGAAGGCAAAAUAUAAUUUAAAUCAAUGGAUUUAAGAAGACUUUUCCCCAUAUGCUUGUAUUCACAUGGUGAGUUUUGAGAAAAUCAAGCUGGUGACCUUUAGUGUGUUUUUUUAUUUUUUUUUCCCCUUGGUGUUUAUUUCUAGCUGCUCCUGCAAAUGGUGAAUUAUUAUAUGUAUAUUACUGUCUCACAGCCCAACAAUUGUACAAUUGUUCAGAGCUUAACACUUUUCCUGUAUAAGAUCUGUGGAAUGUGUCUUUAAAGAGGGGAAAACAGAAAAUGGGGGGUCUUGUGUUUUGGUGGGGUUUUUCCUUUUUGGGUUUUUUUGUUUGGUUGUUUAGUUGGGGUUUUUUGUUUUGUGUUGGUUUUUUGUUUUUUCAAGACAGGGUCUUACUAUGUGGCUCUGGCUGUCCUGGAACUUGUUCUGUAGACCAGGCUGGCCUCAAAUUCAGAGAUCCCCCUGUCUCUGACUCGAGAAUAAAGGCAUGAGCCACCACACCCAGCUUAGAAAUGUUAAAGCAGGAAAACCUGAAUGUGAUGUGCGCAUCUUUACCCCACAUGAACGGUGUAUUUGUUUUAAUAAAUGGAAUUUUCAGAUUCA